CUCCCCUCCAGCCCCACAGACACUGAUGAGAGGGCGAUGCGCAGCCGAUCAUCAAAACCUAAAACCUCAGCAACUCGCUUACAAAAUAAGCGGGUUUUGGUGGCGAGAGCUACUGGCUGUAUUAUUCAACAAUUAGGGACGCGGGCGCCCUUUCGAUUUGGUUAAUGACAGAUAUAUCGAUAAUAUCAGACGCGAUACCACCGCCGGAUACCACUGCCGAGGAAUUGUUUGAUAUAUUUUGGAAUCAUUAUUUGAGCAGACUGAACGCAGAAUAAUUAGAAUAUUAUGGCGGCCAUAGAUCUAGAGCAGAGCGUAUUCUGAGGCCCAUGUCUCUUCUCUGGAAGCCCUAGAACCCGUGUCCUUCUCCUCCUCUUCUGUUGGUGGUGGCUUCCCCUGUAGGACCAUGUCGGCAGCACAGACUCAGAAGGACGGUGAAGGCCCCUGGGGACUGGAUUCCCUGGGCCUGAGCCAGAGAGAGUUGGUAAUGGCUGAAGCUCUACAGAUGGAGUAUGAUGCCCUGUCAAGACUUAAACAGGAUAAGGGUGGGGAGAGCGAGGGGACCAGCAGCCAGGGGGUUGGGAGGUUACCUACGCUACCCCCUAGGGAGGGCCAGAGCCAGAUCGAUCGCCCCCUCCCACCCUGCCCCAGCCCUCUUCCUCCAGGAGGGAGUUUGCUAAGAGGGCUGUCUGGUUCGGACCCAUUCCUCAACCACCUUCAGCCUGGGGGGUCCCACUCCCCACGUCCCUCCCCAGCCAGGGCCACUCCUCCUCUGGGAAGCUACAGCAAAGAGCCCCUCUAUAUCCUGGAGAGUUCAGGGAAGGGGGACUACCUGAACUCCAGCUAUGGGCACUCAGGGUCUAGCUAUGGUUCUCCUCUGACUCUGCUUAAAGGCUUCCCCCCUCCGGAUGACCCUCCUCCUGCUGUACCUCCAAGGACCCCUCUACCCCCCUCCACUGAGCCCUUCCUGCCCUCCCGACGCACUGUGGCGCCCCGGGAUGUCAACCUGUUCACCCCUGAGGUAGACCAGCCCAAACUGUCGUCAGGGGAGAUGCUCAACUACGAGAGCCUCAACGACGCCCUCUCCAAGCUCAAUGGCGAUUGGCUGGCGCCAAGGGGUAGGCGGGCCAAUGGGGACCAAUCAGGGAAGCCGGUGGCUCGGAGUAAGACCCUCCCCCCUCAGGUGCCCCCCCGCACUUACGUACCUAUCCAGAAGAGCAACAAGAACCAGCGCAGAGUGUCGGCCGACCCGGUGUCUCUGGGCCCCAGGCUUAAUGGUUUCGGCUAUGAGCUCUUCCAGGUGUCAGAGGAAAGAGAUGAGGAGGUGGCCGCCUUCUGUCACAUGCUCGACGUUUUGCGGUCGGCGUAUCCAAGCAACGACCGCUCUAAGAACUCUGGGUUUGUGUGGUCGCCUUCAGUGGGGCCUGAAGAGUUGCAACAGGGGUUAGGGGUCAGCGUCAAAGUUACGGUCAUCAGCGACCACGCCAGAGAACCACUCACCUUCACCUGUGACGGGUCAUCUACAGUGGACCUGUUGAUCUACCAGACGUUGUGUUAUGCUAAUGAGGACCUGGACCACAUCGAUGUCGACCACUACCUGCUCAAAGUCUGCGGUCAAGCUGAGUUCCUAGAGAAUUCCCAGACAUUGGCAGAGUUGGAGUAUAUCCAGCUGUGUCUGAAGUUUGACUGGGACAUCCGUCUCUUCCUGACCAAGAGAGGCUCUGUCAACACAGAACUGGGCCGCACGGAGGAUGAUGAUGACACGCCUUCUACGAUGAACCACGGCAUUCUGCUGCAGGAACGACCAAUCAGACAGACCGUUACUAGAGAGGCUUUGACUCUGCUCCUGGAUACCUUUCACAACGAGGCUGAGUCCUUUCUACUAUCAGAGGUGGAGCUUGUGUUGCAUGUGGAACGGUUGGUCCAAUCAGUGAAGGCUCUCUGCAGCUCGCUGGCUGCCGUGGAAACGCCUGACAUCACUUCCGCCCUCAACCAGCUCCCAGCAUGCCCCUGUCGUCUGCAGCCUAGAGUACAGAAGGAUCCGUCACUGCUGGCCAUCAAAGAGAACAGAGAGAAAGUGGUGGAGAAGCUGACGGCAGCCAUUUUGGAUCUGGUGGAGCUGUACUGUAGCACGUUCAAUGCUAACUUCCACACCACGGUGCAGAGCAACCGGCACACGGCACCCACACAGGAAGCAGGCCUGGUCACCAACGUCCUGUCUUUCAGCGUCUACGCUGCUCAUCGCAUCCCCAUCACAUGGGCUGCCAGCUACGAGGGCUUCUUCCUGUCAUGCUCUCUGACCCAUGGAGGGGUGGAACUUUGUGCCCCGCAGCACACCAGCAAACAGCAGGUCAGCAAGUACCUGUUUCACCUGGUGGUCUGGGACCAGAGGGUGUGUUUCCCAGUGCAGAUUAACCAGUUGCCAAGGGAGACCCAGUUGACGGUGACUCUGUAUGCCAGCGCUCUGCCACCCCCUGGAGGUGCGGAGGAGAAGGGCAGCAAGCAGCGGCGGAGCAUCGACUCUCUGGGCUGGGUCACCAUGCCCCUCUUCAACUUCAGACAUAUCCUGACGUGUGGGAGGAAGCUACUGGGUCUGUGGCCUUCCACCCCAGGAAGUAACACUCGCUCCAGCUCCCCCAACUUCAGCCAGCCUGACAGCGUCAUCCUGCAGGCGGACUUUCCCACGUCGUCGUUUGAGGUGCGCUUUAGCACCCCCCCUCCCGCAGAGUUCAGUCCCCAUUAUGACUUCUCCAGGCUCGACCAGCACAGCCAGAGACAACUGCAGGAUGUACUGCACAAGAAGUCACUCUUCUGGUUGACUCCAGAGGACAAGCGUCUGUUGUGGGAGAAGCGUGCGUUCUGCCAGUCAGAGAGUGGUGCCCUGCCCCUGGUGCUGGCUAGUGCCCCCCGCUGGGAGUGGGCAUGUCUGUCAGAUAUCUAUGCCCUGCUCCGCCAGUGGGCAUGUCUCAACCACCACGACGCACUGGGCCUUCUGCAUGCCACCUUCCCUGAUCAGGAGCUGAGGCGUACUGCAGUACAGUGGAUGGACUCCAUCUCUGACCCUGAGCUGCUGGACUUCCUGCCGCAGCUGGUGCAGGCUCUGAAAUAUGAGUGUUACCUUGAUAGCCCGUUGGUACGUUUCCUGCUACGGAGAGCCAUAGGGGACAUGCGCAUUGCACACUACCUCUUCUGGUUGUUGAAGGACACUCUGCAGGACAGUCAGUUCAGUGGGAGGUACCAGCACCUGUUAGCAGGCCUGCUGUGCUGUGUGGGUCGGGGUCUCCGAGAGGAGUUUGACAGACAGUGCUGGCUGGUCACCAUCCUGGCUAAAGUAGCCCAACGUGUCCGGGACGCCUCUCCCUCCAGCAGACAGGCCAUCCUUCGGGAGGGACUGGAGGAGGUCAGGCAGUUCUUCUCAGUCAGUAGCAGCUGCCGUCUCCCCCUCAACCCUGGCAUGCUGGUCAAAGCCAUCAACAUACAGUCGUGUUCCUACUUCAACUCCAAUGCCGUGCCCCUCAAACUGUCCUUCCAGAACCUGGACCCUCGAGGAGACAACAUCAACGUCAUCUUCAAGUCAGGUGAUGACCUGCGCCAGGACAUGCUGACCUUGCAGAUCAUCCGCAUCAUGAACAAGAUCUGGAUCCAGGAGGGACUGGACAUGAGGAUGGUCAUCUUCAGAUGCUUCUCUACUGGACGAGGCAGAGGUAUGGUGGAGAUGAUCCCCCAGGCUGAGACUCUGAGGAAGAUCCAGGGGGAACAUGGAGUGACUGGUUCCUUUAAGGACCGCCCCCUGGCUGACUGGCUACAGAAACACAACCCCACAGAGGACGAGUACGAGAAAGCUGUGGAGAACUUCAUUUACUCGUGCGCAGGCUGCUGCGUGGCCACCUACAUCUUGGGUAUCUGUGACCGCCACAACGACAACAUCAUGCUGAAGACCAGCGGUCACAUGUUCCACAUCGACUUCGGCAAGUUCCUGGGACAUGCACAAAUGUUUGGCAACAUCAAACGGGACCGUGCUCCGUUUGUGUUCACCUCUGACAUGGCCUAUGUCAUCAACGGAGGAGACAAACCUUCCAGUCGCUUCCAUGACUUUGUGGACCUGUGCUGUGAGGCCUACAACCUCAUCCGCAAACACGCACACCUCUUCCUCAACCUACUGGGACUGAUGUUGUCAUGUGGCAUCCCUGAGCUGUCCGACCUGGAUGAUCUGAAGUACGUCUACGACGCGCUGAGACCUCACGAGUCUGAGGCUGACGCCACCAUGUACUUCACCAGGUUGAUAGAGUCCAGCCUGGGCAGUGUUGCAACUAAGUUGAACUUCUUCAUCCAUAACUUGGCCCAGAUGAAGUUUGCCUCAUCCGAGGAGCGUCCUGUGCUCUCCUUCGCCCCGCGGGUUUACACCCUCAAGACUGACGGACUCCUCCGCAACCUCUUUGUCUGCCGACACAUACGAACCUACAGCCCCAGCAAAGGAUACGCAUUUGUGGUGAAGGUGGAGCGGGAGGGCCAGCAGGGGUCAGUGUUGGUCCAGAGGAGCUUUGAGGAGUUCUAUGAACUACACAGUAAACUACGCCUCAUCUUCCCCUCAUCCAAACUACCCAGUUUCCCCAGCCGCUUUUUGAUUGGGCGGUCUCGAGGAGAGGCGAUGGCUGACAGGAGGAAAGAUGAGCUGAACGGAUACGUCUGGCAUCUGGUGCAUGCUGCGCCAGAGGUCGCCCAGUGUGACCUCAUCUACACUUUCUUCCAUCCUCUGCAAAGAGACGAGAAACCUGGAACAGUGGUGAACACACUGCAGAGCAAACCUGCAGAGAUCUGUUGGGGUCCAGUCUCAGGCAAAGUGGUAGGAGAGGUCAAGCUCUCCAUCUCCUAUAAGAGUGACAAGCUCUUCAUCAUGGUCAUGCACAUACGAGGCCUGCAACCCUUGCAGGAUGGGACAGACCCUGACCCCUACGUCAAGCUGUACCUCCUCCCAGACCCCCAGAAAACCGGCAAGAGGAAGACCAAGGCUGCGAGACGCACCCGCAACCCCACCUACAACGAGAUGCUGGUAUAUGACCGUAUCCCUCGCGGGGACCUGCAGCAGAGGGUGAUCCACCUGCGGGUGCUGGGGGAGGGUGCGUUCUGGGAAAACACCCUGCUGGGCGAGGCCUUCAUCCCCCUGAAGACCCUGACAGCCGGGCAGUGCUGGGCAGACUGGCACCAGCUGGGCACGCCCAGCACCGACUCCACACGCUGAGAAUGAGAGUCGGAGGUGGAGGGUGAGAGGGAGAGAGGAACAACUGAUCAGGUUGUGCGUGCACACAGGUGUACGUGAGUGCGUUCAGUUGUGAUGGUCAGAGUUGUCCAGCUUCUCGGGCUGGUUUAUUCCCCCAGUGGGGGUGUGUGUGGACCCGUAUCCUGCCCAGGUGGGAUGUGUGUGUCCUAUGUAGGUUUGAGGUGUGUUUGUGUGUGUCUGUAGACUCAUUGACUCAUUCGCUCCCGAGUGGCGCAGCGGUCUAAGGCACUGCAUCUCAGUGCAAGAGGCGUCACUAUGGUCCCUGGUUUGAAUCCAGGCUUGUAUCACAUCCGGCCAUGAUUGAGAGACCCAUAGGGCGGCGCGCAGUUGGCCCAGUGUUGUCCGGGUUUGGCCGGGGUAGGCCAUCAUUGUAAAUAAGAAUUUGUUCUUAACUGACUUGCCUAGUUAAAUGAAGGUUAAAUUAAAAAAUAUAUAUAAUUGACGGUCAAUCGUCACUGGACACUGUAUCCAUGGGACUGUACUGGACUGUAUGGACCUACUUUAAGACUCUCUGAUCACCAUAAGGGAUAACUGGAGCAUGUGACAAUAAGGGAAGAUAACCCGUCUCUUCUUCUGGUGACUCUUGACUUCCAGAAGACUUUUCUCUGGUAACAACAUGGCCUCCCAAGACCAGGCAGCACAGAGGACCCGUGGGAGGAAGCAGAGGGCAUUGUUACUCUGUGAAAACAUGGACCGCAGCUUUCCCCUUUAUCUAGGGCCAAUGGAGAGACGUCCAUCUUACCGCCUGACAAAAAAAGACUUUGAAACGGGUGUAGUCCCCUCCAAAGUCGUGUCUUUUAAAAGAGAACCUUAAGUUAUUUAUUUUUCAAACGUUACCCUGCUGUUAGUGCAGCUCCAUUUUCGAGCUAUGUUUGGUUGUGUGGUGUGUGUAAAUGACUUUGAUUUCCGUGUGUGCCCCAGAUUUAUGCAGAUCGGGAUAUGUGAAUUAUGUUGGAUCCAGUCUUUCUGAUUUGAGAGAGAGAGAGGGCGUAGAUGCUUUUGUAUCGUUGUGGGGUAGAGAUGUACAGUACCAACCGGACCUGCCUAUGGUUUGGGACCACCCUAACACAUUAAAGACUCACGUGACUUUAGUCCACUCAGCCUGGUUCAGUAGCUACUCUACCGUAGAACCUGUUGGAGUGUGCGCUAGUUUGAGUGUGUGUGUGUGUGUGUGUGUGUGUGUGUGUGUGUGUGUGUGUGUGUGUGUGUGUGUGUGUGUGUGUGUGUGUGUGUGUGUGUGUGUGUGUGUGUGUGUGUGUGUGUGUGUGUGUGUGUGUGUGUGUGUGUGUGUGUUUGUGUCUCCCAUUGUUGACUAGCUGUUGUAAUCCAAGCCUUACCUAAGCUUCAUUUUGCCAUUUGAUGAUAAUUGACACCGGUCGCUCAUUGAAUUUUAAAUGUAGUACUGUGCAGUGACACAACAAAGUUGUCUUAAUGGGAGAAUCCUGAAAAUCUCAAACGUUUGUUAAAAAAAUGUUUCUUAUAUCAAAUCCUUUAGAAUAUUUUGUUGUUGUUGUUGCAUGAGUGCUUCUAGGCAACACAUACGUGUGUAUGUCUAUGUGGGGGAAAUCAAACGAUUUGAAACGCUAGUAGCGCGUACCCGCUAACUAGCUAGCCAUUUCACAUCCGUUACACUGGCAUCACAGAUAAACUGCCUGAGCAUAGAAUUGCUCCUUCGGGACACUUAACUCCCCCGCCAUUCGACUGUAUGCAGUGGAAAUGUUUCACUUGGUUGUAUUUCUCAUGCAUUUUGAACUUACAUUUGACUUUCGUGGCUUUUUCAAACUACAAAGUGAUCAUUUUCAUGUGUUAUACAGUACUGUAGCUAUAAGAGGGAAAAAACGGAACAAUGACAGAAGUGCUGACGAAGCAAAUCGACGAUUUGACUACGUGUACAUUGCUCAACUCAUUUGUGUCUUUCCUUGGGAGAUACUCAGUGAUUUGCCAUUUUUGGCAUUGAUAUCUCACUCUCAUUAUCUUGUGUAAGAGCUGGACACACUGUCCUUGUUUCACUGGCAGACAGACACUGUGACCUUUCGCAAUGCAAAAUGGCCAUUUUCUGUGGAAAAAUCUGCUUGUGGGCAGAGUUGUUGCAAUUGAGAGGGGAAUAUCAAGGUUAACUCAUGAAUUGAGCGAGAAGCGUUGACCUGUAAACAAAAUAUAAAUAACUAGGAUAAGGUUUAUUCCUGGUCAGGAAGGAACAACCCCUGGUGAUAUAUGGUUAACCGGUAAAGGCAGUUUCUAUAACAGAGCAGCUAUCUGUAAGAUAAGGACGUCUCGCUGUCCGAUGUUUUCAGAUCACAACACAGUUACAGAGGAAUACAGGUUAAGGCUGGCUUUCUAAGGUGUUGAAAUGUAACGCGGAUUUGCUUGGAUCAUUAAACAUACCAGCAUCCGUUGCAAGGAAUAUUUAGAUACUAUUUCUUUUGGUUUGGUUGCAUAGGCUUUGACAUGACAUACCAUUUCACCAGCCCUGUUUUAAAAGCAUUCAUAUUUUUUUCAAAAUCUCUGAAAAUGUUUCUUCAUUCAGUAUUCAUAAAGAGUAGCUACAUUACUGUUUUAGAAACAACGGCAGGCAGUUUGAACAGGUGUGUGUUAGAAAUGACAAGAGGAGCUCUUCGGCUAAAGGUUAGCCUAUCUGAGGCUGAAGUGCAGUAAUCACACAGCACCAGUAUGCUUAAUCCGAACCAACCAGUUUAACCACUGCUCUCAUUCUAAAAACACAACACUUUAUUUGACUGCCCUUUGAAUGUGUCUGGUGGAUAUUUACAUAUUUUGUUUGAUUUCUGGAACAGGAAGAGUAUUCCCUGGGGGGUGUUUCACUACAGUCUGAAUGGCUAUAAUGUGGCUAUAGGCUCUUUAGUGUGACAUUUUUAAAUUAUUGAAAGAUUACUUUCUCCAUAUUGAGUGUUGGUAUUUGUUGUGUGCUAAAAGGCUGAUGACCAAUAUUAAAGUGGUUUGAUUUUUUCUUUUCUCGUGACAGUUGUACCACUUUGGGGGAAAGGAGGAAUACCAUAUGGCUUCCUUCUCCAUGUCUCUUUUUCUUUCUGGUCUUGACACUCUAGCUAAGAGUAGAGUCAAAUAUGGAUCUCUAUGCAGUAUAGGGCUCUGGUUAAAAGUUUUAUGAUAGAAAUGUUGCUCUUGCCUAACAGACCAGUGAUUACGAAUGGAAGAGACCAGGACAGGGGUUAAUUGGAAGGCAUUGGGACUCCCAAACCAAGCACCUACCUGCUAAGUACCAAGUGUAAAUCUGAAAAUAAUGUAUAGGUCUGAGCAAUAUAGUGAAAAUUCUACCAGAAGGUACCUCUCUAGUUCUUUCAGAUCUAUGUGAAGUGCCUAGGUGUAGGGACUAGGGGUCAAUUUGGGACUGGGAAAGAGUUUGACCUGAGUCCUUCCAGGUCAGCUCCAAGGGACUGAACUCUGACCUCUAUGGAAUGCUGGGAAAACGGGACCGAAUGUAAGUUCAAAAUGAACUGGAUCUUGUGUACUGUAAAUACUGAGAAUAUCAUUAAUGUGAUUUCUUUCUUUUAUUCAGGAUAUAGUUUUACCCCACUUCUUAUUCUUUAGACUUUAAAAUUGUAUUGCAUUUUCUUAUUUUUUGACCAUGUUUUGUAAUAUUGUUUGCACUAAAUAAUAACAAAAUAAACUUGAAUCUAAAAGA